AUGAACUAUAUCAGCCUUCUCCUCACUUUCAAUCAAGACCACACGGCCCAAUACUCAUUCGCUAACGCUGCUACACUCCCGGAUGUGAAUACCUACCCCGCAGAUAUCUGGAAAGUCCGUAAAGAAAAGCUCGGAGGAAACGGCAGGUGGCCGUACAAGCCAACAAUUCAGAUCGUGCGACCUCGUCUCCGUCGCAUUCUUCAGAUGCUCAGUGGGUCCCCGUGCAAAGCAGAAUGGUAUCGUGAACCAUUCUACCGCCAAGAAGAUGCUCAGUAUGCCAUCCUUCCUUCACCUCAUCGGGGCGUCGUCCCCCCCCCCUCUCAAGGGGAGGACGACGCCGGCGGAUAUGACGAUCAAAAUAUCCAAAGCGCGAGUGAGGAGGAAUUGCGAGGCGAACCGGAAGAGGAGACCGAGGAGACAACACGGUUUGACAUCGAGACAGCUCCGGUAGACCUUCGCCCGGCGCUCUUUGCGGCUUUCACCGAGGAAGAGCUCACAACCCUCUCAGAAAUUAUUUUGGAUAUUGGAAGACCGGCGUCGGUGCUCACGUACACGGGCGUAAGGAAGGAGUUCAGCGACCGCCUUGGGAGAAGACAAAUCCUGUGUGCAGCAUCCGGUAUUACCUUCAACAAAAAGCUCUGUCGAGGAAGUUUCCCUGACGAGCUCCAUCAGAUCGGCCAAAAGCUAGUGCGCGAACGUGGGAAGACCAUGAGGUCCCUUGUGGGUCUUACCAUUCGCGUUGACAGGGAGAUCUAUGGACUGGCGGAGCUGUUGCAGGAUGUCAUCUCCUCAACUGACUCGCUGUUAUUUUUGGGUCCUCCGAAUGCGGACAGAGCAGCAGUCUUCAGGGAUGUAUGUGCGUAUACGGCGGAAAUGAUAGAUCCUAAAACGCUGGCUUUCGCAGAUACCUCACAUGAAAUUACUGGAGGGGAUGUAACUGACCAUCCUUGUCUUGGCAAGACCAGGGUCUUUGGUAGCUGUGGUUCAAUCGAAAACUUAAUGCGCCAGAUCUUGAACCACACGCCCUUCGUUGUCGCAAUGGACCAGCUCACGAGCCCCCUUGAGAUUCAAGCAAUCAGUGGAAUGAAGUACAGCCAUGUGAGGGUCAUCGCUACGUCCCCGGGAUCUUUUGAACAUCUUAUCAGCCAUGCGCAAAAGAACUUCCUGCUAGGUGGGAUUAUGCCCGCCAGGGUCUCAGACAAGACUGCCUGGAAAGGUGGAAAAAAUCGGUUGUUUCGCGUGCGCCAACCUAUUUUCGAGACUAUCGUUGAAAUCAUCUCCAAAACCGAGUUCCGCAUCUUUCGGAAUGUACAAGACCUGGUGGAUAACGCCGUGCAAUCCCAACCCAUCUCGAUCGAACGUCGCUGGAUCGAUGAAAACGGCGUGUUGAGAGCCUGCUUCACUUCCAUAUCGAUUUCGGAUGUGGCAAUCACCCGCUAG